AAAUGUCAGUACCAAAAGCUUCACUCGGGCUUACCAUGUGGCGCUGCAUAGGGAGUCCCUGCAUAGCUUACCUUGUCCUUCGCUCCCACGAUGUGUCCCCUGCAGCGUCCCCGGCCAUCUCCUCCGGCCGAUGCCGGCAUCCGGCUUCUGUAUUCCGGUCCCUGUGACGUCGGGACGUAUGGGCACCGGCGGCGGCGGGAAAUUUGAAAAUUUUAAAAAAUUUAAUUUUUUUCAAAACAAAUUUUUCAUAUGCUUUGUCCUGUGCCCUGCUGCAUUUUGUCUGUUCUUUCUG